AUGGCAGCUGCCAAGACCAGCAACCAAAUGAUUGUGUUAUUCUCACUUUGCAUGGUUCUUGCAGCACUCAACUCGUGCAUUUGUCUUCAUCAGGAAGAUAUUGAUCCAUCAUUACAGAUUAUUCAUGCUAAGAUUCACAAUUUGCACCGUAACGGGGCCGUCAGCGGACACAACAAUCCCGGUGGUCUAGGGACUUCAUCGGUGAAAGUUCACGGAGGAAUUGAUAAGAUUAACGUCAGGAGAAUGCUGCAAAUUCGGGAUUGCCCCUUUUGUCCAGGUUGUGGUUGUCCUCCUGUUGAUGACUGCAAGAACUGCUGUGCAUACGUUGGUUGCCAAUUGAUGUGA